GGACACUCCCACCCUCUUCCCUUGAUCAGUUCGGCCAACCCACCCCAAUCAGCAGCAAGAACCCUCCAUCUAUCAUCCUCCAUAGCCAAGAACAAGCUCAAGCAAGGGUGGUUCAAAAUAAGGGGGAUUAAGAAGGAAAAAGUGAGGAAAACUUGGAUAAUUAAGGAGCUUGACUAAAGUGUUUCUAAAGUUCGCCAGAGUUUCGUCGGAGUUUCGCCGAAGUUCGUCGGAGUUUCGCCUGAGUUCGACUAAGAAGUGUAGAAUCUUUUUAAAGCUCAUUUGAGGGAACGCUUGAUCAUGGAUUAUGGCUUCAGCCGACCACUCAGGCUACCUGUGUGAUAGCUUAUUCAGAUGCAGAUUGGGCAGGCUGCCCAGAUAUGUCCCGCUCUACGACUGGCUUUGCCGUUUUCUUGGGCCCAAAUCUUGUCUCGUGGAAGUCCAAGAAGCAAGCUACCGUAUCUAAGUCCUCCACCGAACCCGAGUAUAGAGUUGUUGCUUAUACUGUUCAGGAUACAUUGCAUAUUCGUCCGGUUUUGUUUGAGCUUGGAUUUCCGGUUACCGUUCCAGUUCAGCUAUUCUGUGAUAACAUAUCUACAUCCUAUUUGACUGCCAAUCCUGUUCAGCAUGCUCGUAGCAAGCACAUCCAGAUUGAUUACCAUUUUGUUCGAGAGCGUGUGGCUCAUGGAGACAUGGUCGUGAAGUACAUCCAUACCCAACUGCAGUUAGCUGAUAGUUUUACUAAAAGUCUUUCUAGUCAGCAAUUUCAUUUUUUGAAGGACAACCUGCGCGUUGUAUCUCCCGCACAGUUUGAGGGGAUGUAAUAGAAUAUUAUUAGGCAUAUUUAUUUCCUAAUAUGUUUUAAACUCUUUU